CAGCAUUUUAGUUAUCAACUGCACCCUGAUAGACAUGCUGAAACCUGAUGUUUUUAGCUAUAGCUACAGGCAUUUUGUUGGCAUUUCAGCCCUUGGCGUGGUUUGGCGCAUUGCGAUCUGUCUCUAUGACGUGUGCCCCAAAUGUCCAGUCGACAACUGCUCCAGCUUCACCCACAACACAAGAAGCUGGGCCCUGGGCUCGGGGGUUCUGGGGGCCCAAGGGUGCCUUGUUUUACCAACAGCUCCAGUGCUGCAGCAAAGGGCAGGCUGCAUUGUUAUGCAACAGUUUAGUGAGGAUGAAUAGGCUCCAGCACAGGCCCAGUGAAUGCCAGUGGAAACGAUGGGAAGAGAGUAGCAGCUAGGUUAAUCCCAGAGGGAGUCCCCUUUGGGCCUGGUCCUCAUAAUUCCUCCGUGUUUUCCUUUCAGCCUUUAAAUGUGUUGGUUGAAUGUCUGUCGUAGCCACAGAGGGAGCAGAAAGGAGGAGGUUGGGUUCUGCGGGUCCAGCAGCAGAGCAGGCUGGUUAAUCCCUGCAGCCCCAACACAAGGGCCAGCCAAAACUCCGGGGGUCCCCUCCUCAUUUUCCUACUUUGCUAACCUCUCAACUGCUAAUCUUCUCUUAACUUCCUCUCCUCUCCACUCCUCUUCUCUCCGCCAGCAUGGCCGCCCUCCUCAGGCACUGAGCCAACACUUCCACUGUCUCUCUGUGGGUGACAUCACUGGUUGGCAAAGAGAAGCUGGGGGAGAAUAAUUAGGUUUAGAUGGUUGCAGUAACUGUGUGUGUGUGUGUGUACGUGCAUAUUGAGUGUAUGUGUGGUGAUGCAGAAGGGAAUUUGCAUGGCUUUACUCAAUAUGAAGCACGUAGAUGUUACAAUCAAUACUCAAAUGGAACCCAAGAGAAAUAAUAUCUGAAUGAUUUAAUUGCAAGGUUUUAAGCAUAUUAUCAGCAUUCAUAUUUAGUGAGCAAAUUAUGGGUUGAAGCGACAAAAUGCAAUAAAUUUGUCUCUCUCAUACAGUAAAAUCGAUGGAAAAAAAAUGCAUUAAAGCCAGAGAGACAUGAAGAAUGUGUGGUUUGGAGGUAACGGUGAUGGUGAUGUUGGGGGAGGAAGAGCAGGAGGCCCUGCUUUAAUAACUCACUAUAGACUCCAUACAUGACCACCCCAGCAAAGCCCAUCCGUUCACUGCCCUUGGUGCUAUAUACACAGCCUACUUAGGAAGAAGCCUUUGUUUGUGCGACGCGCUUUGUCAACCUCUAUUUAGUGGCUCCUUUACAACAGACCUGGCCCUUUGAAUAUUAACUGUGUGAUCACUCUUGCCACACAAGCAGCCGCUCGGGACCCCCCUAUCAGCGCAGCCCAGCUCCCCUGCACUCGGCUCCGGGGCUUUGUGCCCAACCACAGCUUGGUAUACACAUACUCUUGUGGUCUCUCAUCAGCCAGUUGGGGAGAAAUUUACUUUCCAUUGCUUCGCUGACAUCAUUUAUGGAGCGUUUGAUUCGUUUCACAUACGAGGAGACUCUAAAGCAGGGGGAUCAAAUAUGAGAGGAGUCUUUCAUUUUGCAAAAAAAAAGAGUCAAAGAGGGGGAAGAAAAGGGCUGAUUUGUCUAUGUCGCUUUAUGUGUCAUUGUGAGCCUCUAGUGGAGUGCGACUGUAAUUCUGGCUGGCGUAAUGACCGUAGCAGCUGGGGCAGGAAGGCGACUGAGGGUGGGAGAGUCUGGACUGGUGUUUUUGCAGGCCAAUAAUCCCCUUUAUUGAGUCUCAGGAAAUCCUAAUUGGAGUCGGAAGUGGCUCUAGUGGCCAGAUGUGCAAAGACAAACGGAGUCGACCCCAACCCCCGAGGACAAGUGACCACAGGCACCUCAGCCUCCCUGCCACCCUGCUGGGUUUAAUUUAAACACAGCACACAGCACACACACAAUACACAAGGACAUCUGACCACAAGCUUCCCCUCCAUCCAACCUGGGGGAAUUUAACUUAAUCACUACACACAUGAGCGUGCACAUGCAUCCAAUACUAAAAAUGUGACAGUAGACAGCUUGGUAAACAUAGCAAAGCCUCAGCUGCACUUAGGACAGUGUACAAAAACAAAGUGAGGUGCAGGGUUCAGUCAUGACUCUCUCAAUCGAUAAGAGCUGUAGCCAAUACUGUUACAAAAGUGCAUAGUGGAAAUUCUUUAACACUCAAUGUACAGAAAGCCUAAAAAAAAGAGGAAUAAAGAAGAAAAACGUUUAAACACACAUCUGCUCUGACAAAAGAGAUGAAAACCACAACAAGUGAAAGCUUCCACAGAUAGCUCUUCACAGAGUGGUUUCCUUUCUCCAGAGCCCUCUCAUCUUUCUGUCGCCAUAAUGUUUGCAUCAUGGUCUAAUGGCCUGUCUGUGAACCCCUAAAGUCACAUUGAGCAGCAGCAGUGUGUCUUUUACUAUCAUGUAUAACAUAUGUAUGUGUGGGAGUGGAUACACUCUAAAAGUUCUCAUAUACGGAGCAGUCAUGUGUGACUGAAUUUGGGGGAAAAGAGGGCAAGACACUGGAGAUUGUGUCUGUGUUGUCUGUCUCUCGCUGUCUCUCCUUAUCAGGCAGGCGGUCUGACCAAAGCCAGAGAUCCUUGUCAGGCUGUUCUGGAUAACUGCACGUGACCCGAGUGCAGCUGGGAAACCGGGAGAGAUCUGAAGAAGCUGGGUUUGAUUAGGAAUACCUCCCCAGACCUACUGUCCCAGUCUGGGAUCAGACCCAGGCUGGAACUAUUGCUGGACUUUUGAACUAUAGAGCACGCUGGAAAAGACGUCACCAACUGACUGACGGAGCAGAGAGACUGCUCACCCGCUACCUCCCCUCCCUCUUGAACCCAGACAGCCUCUAUGCUCAUCAACCUGACCGUGGCCGUCAAGGAAUCUCGUGCCUUUCAUGGAACACAGCCUGCCCUUCCCGCCGUCGCCCCCGACACUGUGGAAGUGACAGCCAUGGAGCCGCGUCCGGUGCUGGUCACCCCUCCAGCACCUCCGCCGCCCCCACCUCCGCCUCCUCCACCUCCUCCUCCACCCCCGCCUCUACCUGGGUCCUCCUCGCCUUUCAGCCGGGAGGACAGCGCCCGUCGGAGCCGGCUGAGGAAGCUCAACUGGGAGCGCAUCCCCAAAGAGAAGGUGGAGGGGAGGAAGAGCGUGUGGAACGGGGCGGCCCCCGGCGAGGACGAGUUCCCCAUAGACCUCCACUCUCUGGACGAGCUGUUUAGCCAAAAGGACAGCAAGCCUCAGGACAGAACCAGCACCCUGAGACGCCGGUCGACCCUGCUGCGCUGCAGGUCACCCCAGGACAGCUCGGAAGAGAUCUCCCUGUUGGACUCCAAACGCAGUAUGAACAUUGGAAUAUUUCUACGCCAGUUCAAGAUGCCUGCUAAGGAGAUAGUUGAGGAUAUCAGGCACGGCGCUGGAGACCGUUACGGAGCAGAGAAGCUCACGGAGCUCUGCAAAUUGCUGCCUGACAAUGAGGAGGAGUCCCGCCUGAGGAGGUUCAGUGGAGAGCGGAGCUGGCUUGGAGAGCCUGAUCUUUUCCUGCUGCUGUUGGUUGAAGUCCCCAGUUUUCGGCUCCGUCUGGAUGCCAUGAUCCUGCAACAAGAGUUCGACCCUGCUGUGACCUCUUUGUGUGUGGCAGCCAGAUGUCUAAGGGAGGCGGCCAGAGAACUGCUGAGCUGUCCUGAAUUACACUCCAUCCUUCGUUUGGUGCUGAAAGCGGGGAACUACAUGAACGCUGGUGGAUAUGCGGGGAACGCUGCAGGUUUCCGAAUUUCAUCGCUGCUCAAACUGGCUGACACCAAAGCCAACAAGCCGGGCAUGAAUCUGCUGCAUUUUGUAGCCAUGGAAGCUGUGAAAAAGGACCAGAGUUUACUGUCAUUUCCCAGCCAAAUAGGCCAUGUGGGCUCCGCCUCCAGGUUGAGUGAGGAGUCUGUGCUUGAGGACUUGUCCAAGUUAAAAAGUAGAGUGGUGGCCCUCAAGGCAAACAUCCAGACUGAGGCGGAAAUUCAGCAGCAUACACAACCUUUCCUAGAGAUGGCUGAGGAGCGUCUGAAGGAGGCAGAGGACGAGGUGGAGGGCAUGAGGAUGUCUAGUCAGGCUCUGGUGGAAUUCUUCUGUGAAGAUGACAGCACCUUCAAACUAGAGGAGGCCUGCAGGGUCUUCCAUUCGUUUUGCCUCCGCUUCCAAAGAGCCGUGCAGGAGAACGCAGAGCGGGAGCUGAAAGAGCAGAAACGUCUGGAGCGUCAACGUGAGAUCGGAGAAAAGCGUCGCUCUCUGGCCAUCUGUACGGACCUGGAGGCGGGUCUCAACCUCGCCAGAGAGCCUCAGAGUCAGGAGAACCAAGGUGAGCUGGAGAAACUGCUGGAGAAGAACCUGAGCCACACCUGGAGCCGACGUAGCCUGAGGAGCUCCGAGUCCCGCAGACACUCCCAAUACCUCCACGGUGACGGCCAUCUCCAUAACUCACCCAGGCUCAAGAGCUUCCCCGAGCUGGGCAGCAGCCCCACGUCGACCAGUUAUCACUCCAACAGCUCCUCUGACCACGAGACCACUGCUGUGUUUUGUAGCUCCCCAGAGACUGACGGCACACCCUCCCCCAUCGACCAAGAACCUGUUCCGGGUAGAGGGAGCAGGUCUCAGCACAUAUUUAGUCCCUCUCAGCAUAGACGUGGCUUCAUGGCCAAGCAGCACGGGUUUGAGAGCAUUUCUUAUGCGAUGCAAGGCCUAUCGAAGACAACAGGGCUUGAAAAAGAAGCAGAGAUUUCACAUGAACAUGUGGUUUCGAUGACCACCGGAUCUUCACCGAGUUCCUGUACAAACUCUGCUGCUAUACCCACCGAUAAAACUGUUAAAAACCAGACCCCCACUCACAGGCAUAGGUUUGGCCUACAAGUGACAGACAAUACUCGCCCUGUUCAGAGUAAAUCUAACGGCUCUUGUGUUGACGAGUCCGCACCUCGCUCUCUUCAUACAAGUGGAAUACUUUCUCACGGUGACAGCAGGACUGGGUUGUUAAGGUACCAGAGAUCUGAGAGCCAAUCACAAGCAUCUGUAAACGCUCUAGAGAGGGUCCAGUCACAACCGCAGGCAGCAGAGAUGCCCACCGUAACAACAACAACUGCUGUAAUGCCUUUGCAUGAUGCGGGUUUAACAAAGCACACGGAAGUGGCUUCCACACCUGUGGAGGAGAACUGGAUGCCCUCCAGUCUACCGGAGUUCAGCCAAUCGCAGCCAGAGGAGUACCCCGAUUUGCCAAGUCCUGAGAAGGAGGCGCCGAGGCCGUACCCCCGUGUGGGUGAAACACUGGAGUGCCACACUCUGGUGAAAGGCCUCCGAUCCUAUGAUGCCAUGUCACCCCCGACCUCUCCACUCCCACGACCCGCGCCGAGCCUCUGCUCCAAGUGGAGGAAAGAGAGGGAGGGCGACCUCCGAGCGGGGAUGACUCCAGGGUCUCCUACAUCAAAGGAGGAGACUAGAACUGUGAAGGUCCCUGUGCGUAGUGGAAUAGGGGCGAAAAGGGGACUUGUGUCACGUGCGGGACCUUCCAGCAGCACGGGUAUUCCCAAGGUGCGCUCCAAAACCGAGCCUUCAAAUGGAGCCCCGACCCCCGUUAACCCAACCACUCCCAGCCGGCUGUCUAGUCCUCGCAGCGUGUCCAUGCGCUCGUCUCCUAUCUCACGGCCCGCCGCUGUUCAGACAGAGGUGAAACGCAGUAGUAGCACACGGGAGAGGACUGUCAGUGAGUCACAGACUCCAGGGAAACCCGCCUUAACACGCAGGACCUCGGACAGAUCCGUCCCAGAGAAAGUCUCAGGCAGCACCCAGCCAGCCUUCGUCAGAGGAAGUCCUCUCCGUGUGUCAAAACGAGUCGCCCCAAACUCCGAGAUUCAGGCGGCCUCCCAGCCUCGCACCGCCCACAGCCCAUCCUCCGCCACGGCCAAGACCAUACGCACAACUGUCGUAUCUGCUACCCGAACUAAAACCGCCAAGACGACAAGCACGAGUACCUCUCCUGCCGGCUCUACAAUUCCCACAGCUUCACGGAUACCUGGUCCCAAAAUGCCUCGAGCUGCUGCAGCUCCGCCACUGUGGAGGUGAUGGGAGUGAAUAAGUCUACUGUACAGUCUUUUCACACUUUACAUGCCUUUAUGGAUUUCACUCUAAAUAUAAUUGCUGGUCUUAAACAACUCUAAAUUCAACUUUUAUGAAAUUUGUAUGUAGUUCUGUGUGCUUCUGCAUAUGUGAGAGGGAGCUGCACUGGAAGCAUCGGGGACAAUUGAUCUCAUGUGCUUCACCCAAUAGCAGAGUAAAUCCUACCUCUUUUUACACCCAUCUCUGUCCUUUGCAGGCAAUAGGACACCACAAGAGCACUCAUCUUACAGUAACGGUAAAACAACAAAGUGACAUUACUGUGCCUAGUCCGUACAAGUGUGCUUUGACAAAAAGUGUAAUUUGGGAAACUGUUUCAAUCUCUUGAAAAAGGUUGUUUGUCCAAAUGUUUUGAAUGCUGUGAUCCCUCCGCUAAGUGAUCACUGUGUUCUCACACUGAACUCGGUACAAUAUUGAACUGUUUAUCCUCUAGUCGAGAGGUCUCAUUGUUCUGAUGCACUUUACAAACUGAAGAAGAGGCAGCGAGGAGAUGAUUACUGUAAUAUUUGUCAUUUUUUUAUUUUGUAUCAAAAGAUUCUAUAACUUUAUUGAAUAGCAUUGGUUGUUAUUCACUGUAUUAUGUGGCUUUAUAAAAAAAAGAGAAGAUGAAUAAAGACUGUGUUCUGAAUAGUA